GUUUUGCUCGAUGUGAGAAAACGCAUCGGUGCCUCUGAGAUGUUGUUAAAUUCCACGAUAUAAACACAUAGUUAUUAAAAAGAACAGCUUUGACCGUUAUUGUAAAUGUUUUGGCAUUAUGGAGGUCAUCGAGACAAUUGUGAUACAAAGUACUGAAGUGGAAGGAAAAGAGACGGUCGUGUCCAGUGUGGACACCGAUAAAACCAAAGCAGAAUUUAUAUGGACACUGCAGGCUACAUGGCACCUCGUCAACACCAGACUUGAAAUGGACCAGGCUUUUGACCAGCCAGUAUGCAAAAAAAAGAAACUGUGGGAGAUGGUGGCAGAGAAAGUGAACGACAAACUUAGGGAGUCAGAGGUCACUGAUGUCACUGUGAAAGCAUACGAGUGUGACCUCAAGUGGAGAAACAUGCUGGCCACGUACAGGAAGAACGCAGAGAGGGCCAAGAGGCUCGGGGUGGCCAGUGUCCACUGGGAGUUCUUCAAGGCCAUGCACGAGGUCCUGGGUAAGAGCAGGGAGGAGAUCGAAGCCCAGCGAAGGGCUAAGCUCAGUGGGACAAGAGUGGGCAAGGCCAUAGCCAGCAAGAGGUUCACCCCAAUCCUCCCUACACCUCCUGUGACAGCUACACCCUGCACCGCCCGGCCUCCACAGGAUGUCCUGCAGCUGUACAUGGAGCUGCAGGAGAGAAAGAUGAACAUGUGGGCCCAGCAGAAAGCCCUGGAGGAGAGGAAGAUAGAAGCUAUUAACAACCUGGCCCAGGCCAUCUCCAGCCUGGCUCAGAAGAACAGCACACAGACGACAAAGGAGGGACAUUAGGCCAUAAGAGACGUGAACUUCCAUGUGUGUCAUUUGAUCUUACCAAAAAUCUGAAUGAUAGUGCACGAGAAAAACUGUUUUGAGUCUCUUUGUUAUAAACAUUUUUAGAUUUGUCUUGUUGGAACAUUUUUACUGUUGCUGACUUUUAUGAAAAGUUCGGCCAGUCUGAAAUCUGUAGAGUUUGAAACAGCAAAUAUAGCAGUUUCGAAACAAACACACAUCUCAUACCCCAACCAGCUUUUGUUAAAACUGCGAGCAGAGUACGUGCCUCCUCAAAGUUGUCCUUUUCUCUUGAUACCCCAAUGAUCACGCUUCACUAUCACUAUAGCAAAAGAGAAGAGUGAAUUACAGUUGGCUGAUGUUUGAGAGUAAAAAACAAAAAUGAGUCUCAUAUAACAUUAAUACAAUCAGCCUAACAUCACUGUACUAGUUAUUGAUAUCAAACAUCAACAACCUAUGCAAGCGUAGAGCAUGUUAUUUUUUUAUGCGAGUUACAUUAGUGAACAGACAUGCAAUGAUUAUUAUCAUUGUCAAAGAGAAGUCAGACUAAUACUUCAAACCUAAUCCAGUAACAGUAUUCACAAACACACGCACGCUAUUAAUGUAUUAACAAUAAACACAUUAUCAGGCAGUAUGAACAGCUUUACUAUGUACAGUCAGGGUAUUUUGUGUGAUUGCAUUUUUAUUUUUAUUUGUAAAAUGUAAAACAAGAUGAACUGUUCUGGAAAAAUGCAAACUCUUUGUUCAGUAUCAUCAUCUGUCAUCUCUAUUUAGCUAAACCACAGUCAUAACUAUGGAUUACCAAGAUUUACUGUCAAAAACUGUUGGUUCACACAAAGUUCAUGUUUUAAAACCGAACAUAUCCCUGUUUUCUAAUGUUUGUAGUGAGAUUAUUAGCGCAGACAGUCUCUGACAGCAAGUAUUCUGUAAAAAUAAACCUUUAUAU